AUGGAUAACUGUUCCUCUGCCAAGGUUCCUAUGGCCUUCGAAUAUAAGAUUUUUGCUGAUCCUUCCGGAGAAUCAGUAGAUUACAAGACUUAUAGAGGAAUGAUUGGUUCAUUGAUGUACCACACUGCAAGCAGACCAGAUAUUGUCUUUGCAAUAGGCUUAUGUGCCAGGUACCAAGUCGACCCCAAAGUAUCGCACUUAAAGGCAGUCAAACAGAUAUUCAGAUGCUUAAAAGGAAGCAAAGCUCUUGGUCUAUGGUACCCUGCGAGGAAUGACUUCAGCCUUCAAGCCUUUAAAGAUGCGGAUCAUGCCGGAUGCAAAUUUGAUAGAAAGAGCACUUCUGGUGGUUAUCAAUUUCUGGGAGGAAGACUAGUUAGCUGGUCUUCACAAAAACAACAUUGUGUUUCUAUGUCUACCGCAAAAGCAGAGUUUGUGGCCGCAUCAAGCUGUUGUUCUCAAGUCCUAUGGAUGAAAACCCAACUGAUGGACUACGGAUACAAAAUGUUGCGGAUACCGAUUUACUAUGAUUCAGAGAGUGCUAUAGCGAUUUCUCAUAAUCCUAUUCAUCAUUCGAAGACGAAGCAUAUUGAACUUCGGUACCAUUUCAUAAAGGACCAUAUACUCAAAGGUAACAUUGAACUAAUCUUUUGUCCCAUCUCAUGA